AUGAGUAUUUCAUCCAAAUUGGAUAGAGACUCUGAUCCUAACAAGGUUGAUCCUUCUUUGUAUAGGAGUAUGAUUGGUAGCUUGUUGUAUUUGGCAGCAAGUAGGCCGGAUAUUUCAUUUAGUGUAGGUGUUUGUGCUAGGUAUCAAGCUGAUCCUAGAGAACAACACGUUUUUGCAAUUAAGUGCAUUAUUCGUUACGUCAAUAGUUAUGCUGAUGCUGAUUGGGCUAGUAAAAAGGAUGAUAGAAAAAGUACUUUAUGUGGUUGUUUCUAUAUUGGUACUAAUAUUGUUUCAUGGUACAACAAGAAGCAAAAUUUCAUAUCUUUAUCAUCUUGUGAGGCUGAAUACAAUGCUGCUAGAAGUUGUUGCAUACAAUUGCUUCGGAUGAAACAGAUGCUUCUGGAUUAUGGAGUUGAUCAAGGAUAUGAAAUAUCAUUGAUUUAUUGUCUAAAAUCUGAACAGUUGAGAGAUCAUAUGUUUUUGGAACUUGGUGGUGAUUGA